AUGGCUCAAGUCGAGGAGGGCGAGCUGGAGGAUAGCCGAAGCAGACCAUGCCAAUCACCAUCCAUCCCAAACAAAACUCGGCCGACUCACAACACCCUCAUCUCGCCCUCAUCAUCAGCAAACAGCCUUCGGGCCGAGCACAAUAACCACGAUCCAUCAUCAAAACCCUCCAAAAUAUUCAACCAUCCCACGAAUACCUUCCAAAACUACCGGCCCACAUUCUUCUUCUACCGCCCCCCAGAGUCCUCCGUUGAUCCCAAAUCGACACUUCAUACCGAAAACGCAGCCCCAAGCCAGGAUCCAGGUCGCGCGAAAUCAGCCGAACCCGAGCCAGCCGGUAAUCGAGCAACCGAAAAGAAAUGCUUUGUUGGCGUAUCGAGCAUCGCAUCGUACGAAUUAAUAGAGAAGCUGGGCGAAGGGACCUUUGGAGAGGUCUUUAAAGGCAUCUAUCGAGGUCGGCUCUACGCUCAACAACAAAAACUACAAGCAUCACCCAAGAAUACCCUCGAUCAUGGCCUGGAAUCCUGCGAUGAUGAAUCCGAGACAGAAGAUCGCAUCUUUGAGACGAAGAGCAAGGUCAAGUCUGGCAUGGUGGUGGCGUUGAAGAGGAUCAUUGUUCAUAAUGAGCUGGAUGGGCUACCCAUCACUGCCCUCCGAGAGAUCCGGAUAUUGAAGUCUCUUGACCACCCUAACAUAGUCCCAGUGAUCGACUUGGCUUUCUCAGGAGGCGACAAGAAUCUCUUGAAGCGAGGUAAUACGUAUAUGGUUUUCCCUUACAUCGAUCAUGAUCUUGCUGGGUUGAUGGAAAACAAGUCGAUCACGUUUAACGUCAGUCAAAUCAAGCUAUAUUCUAAACAGUUGUUGUUGGGAACUGCUUAUUUACAUCGGAACAAGAUCCUUCACCGAGAUCUCAAGGCAGCCAAUCUGCUGAUCUCCAACGAGGGCCAACUGAUGAUUGCCGAUUUCGGCUUGGCUCGCUCGAUCGAACAGCAACAUAAUAACAAGAAACGCGAAUACACUAACUGCGUGGUCACCAGAUGGUACAGACCCCCGGAAAUUCUGCUCGGUAAUCGAAGGUACGGAACUCCCGUCGAUCUCUGGGGUGUUGGAUGUGUGAUCGCGGAAAUGUUCAAAGGCGGGCCGAUCUUGACCGGGUCUACCGAUGUCAACCAAUGCGAGCUGAUCUUUCGGCUUUGUGGCAGCCCCACUCCAGAAUCUAUGCCAGGUUGGGAAAGCCUUCCAGGCUGUGAGGGUGUACGCUCAUGGGCUAAUAAACCUAGGAGGGUCCGGGAAGAGUAUGAGCGCAUAUCUCCCGAGCUCGCAGACCUGCUUGAUCAUCUACUCGUACUUGAUCACUCGAGGCGAUUGACGGCCGAAGAAGCAUUAGAUCAUGACUGGUUUUGGACUGAUCCAAUGGCAAUCGACCCUGCCAAACUGCCUCAUUACGAACCAUCUCAUGAAUACGAUCGGCGCAAAAAGCAAGAGCAGGCCAAAAGGACUCACCAGCAUCAACUUGCAUCUUUCACUGAGAUCCAAGGGAUAUCCACGGGCAAAAUGAAUGUUGGCCAACCAGCUCCGAAGCCCCAGCGAAUUCCACCGCCUUCAUCCAACUCAAAACUUCCCCCAACGUUCUCGAACGAUAAUCACUUUUCUUCAGAUCAAUUUAAACAUCCAGUUGGACCCCCGAACCCUGGAAACCGAAUGCCUGGCGACCCGGGCCCACCGAAUCAGUACCAUCGCGGCGGUCCAAACCACGCCAUGAAUCCAUACAGUUCUCAAGGGUCGAGUGGGAUGAUGAACAAUAAGGAGGGAUGGGGUGAUGGAGAUAACCGGCAGCAAUCCCACCACUCGUCUCGCCGGACAAGGCCAGAGCCGAAUCGAGGUGGGCCCAUGGGUGGCGGCGGGAUGGGCUCCCACCCCCAUCAAGGCCCACCGCCGGGCCAUCCUGGGGGGCAAGGACCGCCGCUCGGGAGCUCAGCACCCCCGAUCCCCAGCUAUGGACACGCCCUGCCUUCUCGACCCGUGUCAAGCUUCGACAGGGGGGCGUACGACCCGAUGCGACUGUCGAAGCCCGCCGGGGCACCGGUGCCGAUGAUGGGUGGGAUGAACGGGACGAUCGGGGGGAUACCAGCUGGACCACCUUACUCACACCCCCAUGGACUUCCUGGCCAUCCAGAGCCGUACCCUUUAGGCCCGCCACCGCCAAUGAUACCCGAGCAUGGCCCACCAGACGAGCGAGGACAGCGAGGAGAGCCGUAUCCAAAGAUGGACCCAUCAGCCCCUCUUUCCAAUGGUCCGCCGAUCAGAGACGGCGGGUACGGCGGCGGCGGAGGAGGGUUCCGAGGGCGAGGUGGCGACGGGGGUAGGGCGGAUGGCAGGUUAAGAUCGAACCAUGACCGAUGGACCCCCGAGCCGAAGCCGCCGCCAGCCGGCAUCAGCCCUUACCCCAACGGACGGAGCGGAGAUCGACGACACGGAGGUAGAGGAGGUGACCGACGGUACCGUCAUGAUCGCCAUGGCGGUGGCGGCCCCCCCGGCGGCAACGGCCCACACGAGGGACGGGACAACUACCAGUAUAACAUCAGUCCACCUGCCCCUCGCAACCCCAACCACCAGUUCUAUGGUCCCCAGAACGGCCCCCCAGGCGUCGGUCCUGGGGUCGUACCCGGAGCGAACCCAUACACCUCCUUCUCGUACCCGUCCAACGAGCCGAUGACCACACCGACCUCUAACCCCAUCCACCCUUUCAACCAUCCACCCAACAACAGUAACAACAACAAUAACAAUGGACGGCCGAGCCAGAACGGACAUCUCAACCAGCGUUGGGAUAACAAGCCCGACUUCGGGCCCCCUCCGCCCCAUAACAAUAACGCCAAUAACAACCCUUACAACCACAAUCACCAUCUCCCCCAUCAGCCUCAUCAUCCUCACAGUCCACCUAACCUGCUCCACCAUAACCCUAACCAUCCUCAUCCGCCGCGGCCACCGAUUCACCAUUUUCCUCAUGGUAACGGGAAUGCGCCUGGCUCGUCGUUCCCUGACGAACCGCGGUUAGAGUACUAA